UCCAAAAAAAUGGCGGACAUGGAUGAAUUGUUUGGGAGUGAGGGGGAUAGUGAUAAUGAACAACGAGAGUCAGGUUCUGGUUCGGGUUCUGACUCUGAACAGGAGAGGCCCAGAUCUGCCAGCAACGGUUCGGGAAGCGGAAGCGAGAGGGAUCAGGAUGAAGAUGAUGACGAUGAUGAGGAAGGACAGGAUGGUGGAAAGCCCAGCAACAAAGAGCUGUUCGGGGAUGACAGUGAGGAUGAUCACGGCAGCCCGCACAGCGGCAGUGACAACCAAUCAGAGCACUCCGGCAACCAGUCGGAUGUGAGCAUGCGCUCUGACAAUGAGCACUCGGAAGCGGAGCAACACAGUGGCUCAGAGGGGCCUCAUGAGGAAGAAGAUGAUGAUGGCCAUAGGUCUGACGCUGGAAGUCCCAUCUCUGGAGGGGGAAGUCACAGAUCUGGUAGAGGCAGUGGCAGCCCACAGUCUGACCCUGGGACACCCCAGUCGGGCCCUGGGACCCCCCACUCGGACGGUGAAGGCUCAGGAAGAGAUGGCCCCUCGGGAGAUGAAAAGUGGGGGGGUGAGGGAAAGAGUGACCAGUCAGAUGAUGAGGACAAGCAGCACAACUCGGAUGGCGAGAGGGAUCAUUCGGAUGGCGAGAGGGAUCAUUCGGAUGGCGAGAGGGAUCAUUCGGAUGGCGAGAGGGAUCAUUCGGAUGGCGAGAGGGAUCAUUCGGAUGGCGAGAGGGAUCAUUCGGAUGGCGAGAGGGAUCAUUCGGAUAUAGAGAGGGAUCAUUCGGAUAUAGAGAGGGAUCAUUCGGAUGAAGAGAGGAUGGGACAGAAGUCUGGCUCAGCCAAAGGCAGUGACAGUGAGGAUGAUUUCUUGGGCCGGAAAAAGAAGAAAAUAGGUUCAGACUCUGACUCGGACAGCGACGUUGGGGCACAUAGGGGUAAAAAGGCAGUGGCAGACGAUCUGUUUGGAGAAGCAGAUGACAUCUCAUCAGACAGUGACGCUGAGAAACCCCCCACUCCAGGCCAGCCACUGGAUAAUGAGGAUGGGCUGGAAGGUGAGCAGCAGGAAGAAGAGCCUCUUCCUGAGACCAGGAUAGAGGUAGAGAUUCCUAAAGUAAGCACUGACCUUGGCAGUGACCUUUACUUUGUCAAACUACCCAACUUCCUCAGUGUGGAGCCAAGGCCUUUUGAUCCUCAGUACUAUGAGGAUGAGUUUGAGGAUGAGGAGAUGUUGGAUGAGGAAGGCCGGACAAGGCUCAAGCUGAAGGUGGAGAACACCAUCAGGUGGCGCUCUCGCAGAGAUGAAGAUGGCAGUGAUAUCCGCGAGAGCAAUGCCCGAAUCGUCAAAUGGUCAGAUGGCAGUAUGUCUCUGCACCUGGGGAAUGAGGUGUUUGAUGUGUACAAAGCGCCUCUACAGGGAGACCACAACCACCUGUUUAUCCGACAGGGCACAGGACUGCAGGGUCAGGCAGUGUUCAAGACCAAACUCACCUUCAGGCCCCACUCUACAGACAGCGCCACCCACAGGAAGAUGACCCUCUCUCUGGCUGACCGAUGUUCCAAAACACAAAAGAUCAGAAUCCUACCGAUGGCUGGUCGAGAUCCAGAGUCACAGAGAAACGAGAUGAUUAAGAAAGAAGAGGAGCGUCUGCGGGCAUCCAUCCGCCGCGAGUCUCAACAGAGGCGCAUGCGUGAGAAGCAGCACCAGAGAGGCUUGAGUGCCGGCUACCUGGAGCCCGACCGCUACGAGGAGGACGAGGAGGGCGAAGAGUCCAUCAGCCUUGCCGCCAUCAAGAGCAAGUACAAGGGCGGAGGCCUGAGAGAGGAGAGAGCACGGAUCUAUUCUUCCGACAGCGAUGAAGGCUCCGAUGAUGACAAGGCUCAACGGCUGAUGAAGGCCAAGAAGCUAGACAGUGACGAGGAAGGGGAAAACUCGGGCAAGAGGAAGGCAGAGGAUGAUGAGGAGUCUGCCACCAAGAAAGCCAAGAAAUAUGUAAUCAGUGAUGAAGAGGAUGACGAAGAGGAGGACUAAUGCUGUUUAUCAUUUCUGUUGUCUGUUUUGGAUUUUUUUUUUUUUUUUUUUUUUUUUUUUUUUUUUUUUUUUUUUUUUUUUGCAUCACUCUGUUGUGUCUGGACCAGACAAUAAUCGUAUUCAUUGAAUGGAUGUUUGUAUAUUUUAUAAAGAAGCAUCUUUGCUGCAUCAUCCCAGAGGAAAAUAAAAGAAAGCUGAUGUUGUAUGACCUA